AUGUCUGAACGAAAAGUGCUCCAAAAGUAUUACCCCCCGGAUUUCGAUCCCUCCGCCCUCACGCGCAAGCGCGGACCGAAGCAGACCGGCCCCAAGGUCCAGACCGUCCGCAUCAUGGCGCCCUUCUCAAUGAAGUGCACAACGUGCGGAGAAUACAUCUACAAGGGCCGCAAAUUCAACUCCAGAAAGGAGACGAACCAAGCAGAGCGAUACCUCAAUAUCCAGAUCCACCGCUUCUACCUGAAAUGCACGCGAUGCUCGGCGGAAAUCAUCAUCAGGACCGACCCAAAGAUUGCUGACUACGCCGUCAUCAAAGGCGCGAUACGAAACAUGGAGCCCUGGCGCAAUAAGGAAGGCGAAAAAGAGAGCGUGGACGAGAGGCUGGACCGGCUGGAGCGCGAGGAGGCUGAAGCUGCAGGCGAGGAGGAGAAGAACGCGAUGGCGGACCUGGAAGCCAAGAACGAGGACGCGAGGCUGGAAAUGGCUGCCGCGGACGCGCUCGACGAGAUUCGCCAGCGCAACGCGCGCAUCCAGCGGUCUGAGAAGGACGGCGUGGACUUUUCCGAGUACGUCGUCCGGCCUGAGGACGAAGAGAGGGCGAGAGAAGAGAGGGAGGACGAGGAGGCUGCGAAGAAGGCUUUCGCUGCUGCAAGGGAGAGGCUCGGGGAGGAGAUUAUCGACGAUGAUGAAUAUGACGGAGGGGUAAUCGGAGGACCAUCCUCCUCCUCCUCCUCAUCAGCGGCGGUAGCGUCAUCCUCAACGUCAGGGGAGAAGUCGGAGGCUGCGGCGGCGGGGACCGUGAGGGAUACUUCAAUGAUGCCGCCGCCACCGCCUCCGGCCAAACGCGUGGUGAAGAAGAAGAAGGAUUACUCUGCGGCGCUUGGCAUCAAAAAGAAGCCUUCACUGGUCUGA